AUGAGCACUGUUAUACUUUGUCACGCGGAAUCGGUGAAUCUUGAUGCAAUUAGAGCAUCAGAUGCUAAUAUUAUUAGAUACAGUGUUACUGUAAAAUUGAAUGAAUUAAAAGCAAUGUUGAAACAAUAUUCUUCUGGGAAAAUUCGAAACCUUGGGCUCCAUAUUCAAAGCCGUGAUGCGAAACUUCAAAUUUUGGAAGACAUGGAAAUCACAAAAGACACAUUAGAAGAUGCAGGCUCAUUUGUGUCCCAAUUUUUCCGAUGGAUGGUUUCAGAAGUUCUCAUUGAGGGAGCUUUCAUUGAUUUUCUAUUGACUACACCAAUCGAAAACUCUUCUCAUUUGUGCUUGGCAGUUCAAAGUGUCAGCAAAAAGAAGGUGUUUACUUCUUCUAUCUCUGUCCGCCUUGUCAGCAGAUUUCUGUCAUCUGAAUUAGCUCCUCACAACAGAAGAAUAGUCGACAUCUAUAUCAACAAUGAGAUAAUGAUAACGAAUCCGAACCCAAGAGCCACGUCGGCUCAGAAUCGGUAUGAAAGGAUACGGACUGUUGGAAAGGGUGCCUUCGGGUCAGCAGUAUUAUAUCGUCGAAAAGAGGACAGUUCUUUGGUCAUAAUCAAGGAGAUCAAUAUGUAUGAUUUGGAUAGUUCACAGAGGAGAUUAGCACUGAACGAGGUUUCUCUUCUGUCUCGUAUCGAACAUCCCAACAUCAUCGCAUAUUAUGAUUCAUUUGAAGAAGAAGGAGUUUUGAUGAUUGAAAUGGAAUAUGCAGACGGUGGAACACUUGCUCAAAUGUUGGCAAGAAGUCAGAAUCUUCUAGAAGAAGAACAAAUUGGAGAUAUGAUGAUUCAGAUGUGCUCAGCUGUCGCGUAUUUGCAUGAGAAUAGUGUGUUGCAUAGAGAUUUGAAAACAGCCAAUGUGUUUUUGACUCGUGAUUCCUUCGUAAAAAUUGGUGACUUUGGAAUUUCAAAAAUCAUGGGAACAGAAACAUUGGCUCAAGGAGCAAAAACAGUUGUGGGGACACCAUACUACAUAUCUCCAGAAAUGUGUUCCGGAGUUUCUUAUAACGAGAAAAGUGAUAUGUGGGCACUUGGUUGUAUUCUUUAUGAGAUGUGUUGUCUCAAAAAAGCAUUCGAGGGUGAUAAUCUUCCGGCACUUGUGAAUAGUAUCAUGACCUGUGCUUACACUCCAGUCAAAGGACCAUAUUCAACGGAGAUGAAAAUGGUCAUUCGGGAGUUGCUGCAGUUGGAUCCUCAGAAUCGACCAUCUGCCUCACAAGCUCUGAAGAUGCUCCGCCCAUCAGAAAAUCGGCAUCGUCACACUUCUGGAUCGAUGCGAUCUUCGACUUCCUUCACAACACUCUACGAUCUUCACAUUCCCACCAUCACCCUCUCACAGAUUUCAGACUUGCCUGGACGUAUAUCAGUGAAACAGAUCGCUUUGAGUAAAACGCAUACCAUGAUUUUGACAAACGACAACGAAUUGUUUGGGUUCGGAGAUAAUUCGUGUGGGCAGUUAGGGCUGGGAAAGUUUACAAAAAUAGAAAACGGGAAUCUGAUUGAAAGUUUAAAAGGAAGAGAUAUCCAAUCAGUUGGAGUUGGAAACUAUUUCAGUGUGGUUUGCUGUGAUAGAGGAACGUUAAUGACAAUUGGAACUGCAAAGAAUUUGGGAUUGGGAAAGGAAGCAAAAGAUUCAGCGAAACCGGUUCUUCUUGAACAACUUCUAAGAGAAAACAUCAAGGAUAUUUACUGUGGACAUGAUCAUGUAAUAGCAGUUCUAGAAAGUGGAGAUUGCCUUGGAUGGGGUAGUAAUCUGAGUGGACAACUCGGAUUAUCAACUCUUGAGCAUUUCUUCAUUCCUACAAAAAUAGCAAUGCCAAAAGAGAAGAAAAUAGUGUACGGAAAAGCUGGAAAAGAUGCGACGAUGUUGUUGUCUGAUGAUGGAUGUUUGAUUGCAAUGGGAUCAAAUAAACACAAUAAACUGAAUCUAGCACAGCGAGUUGGUUUCUUUGCGAAGGAGAAAAAGGUGAGUGUUAAGAAUUCAACUAUCGUUGAGCCAGCUCUUAUAGGAUUCCCAGAACGAGUGGUCGACUUUUCAGUGGGAUCUUAUCAUUCUGGAGUAAUUUUGGAGUCCGGGCAAGUUAUGCUGUUUGGAAAAAAUGACAACACAGAACUGGGUCUUGGGCACAAUCAGAAAAUGGCUGUACGAUCAGUAAAACCAGUGAAAUCCCUUCUCCAUCAUGCAUGCACGCACGUUCUCUGUGGCGAUGGAUUUACUCUAGUGAGCACAACUGAGCAGGAGCUUUAUUUCUGGGGACGGAAAGAUUAUACAGAGGAAAAUGUACGCAUCGAUGAUUUGGAAGAAACAGUUUGUGAUAAGAAAAUGAAACGAUCUGGGAGUGAGAUGUUUGACAAGAAUGUGGUCACCCUACCAUCUUUGAUUCUUAGGCUUCAAGACGCUAAAAGAGAAAAAGGGAUUCGACUUUCCGGUUUGGCAGUUUCCGGUCGAAGAGUGCACGUGGCAGUGGAUAUGUUGGAGGGAAAGAGACUUCCUUCCGCUUUGGCGGAGAGAUGUCGAAGUGGGUCGAUGCCGACGAUAAACGACGAGACUCAUACGUGGCUUCGAGAAGAAUUCGAACAGGCUGAAGUUAUUCCGAUUGAUGCUUCAAAGCGGAGAGUUCGAUUUGACGAUUCGUGUGAUAAACUGAAAAUGAGCUCCACGGCCAAACAAAACUCACUAGUACGGGAAAUUGAAGAGUUGAAAUCAAAGAUCAAAGAACAGGACACGACAUUCGAAGGACAUCGAAAUCAAAUGUCUGAUCUGGAAUCGAAACUACAAGAACUACAAGCCAAACAAGCAUUCCUUCGAAAAUCGGAACCUCCUCCAGCAUAUGAUCGACGGAAUGUGACCUACAACAAACUGUUUCCAGAAAGAGAAAACGCUAGUACAACGUGUGUUAUUUUGUAA